AUGAAGUGGUGGCUUGGACGAUCCCCUGCGCUGCCGGAAGCGGCUGCUCUUAGACCUGCGGUUGGCAGUACGGCACGAAACUCGGUAGUGGUCAACUCGCUGAUCCGCCCAGAUUCCGCCAAUGGACAUAAACUCAAUAGGACUACCCAGCGUGCGGUAACGACCAUUUCCUCCAGCAAUCGCAGCAACAGCAGCGUAAGCACCAUCGACAGCAGAGGGGCCGCCCCCGCCCCCGCCGGCAGCAAUAGCAGCGGCCGUGACGGCCGCAAUGGCAGCGGCCUACCCCCCCGCCUCCAGCCAGUAGACUUCAGCACUCUGGUUGCCUGCUGUGCGGAGCUGCGGAGCGGCUGGGUUCCCGCCAAAGUGGAGCAGGUCGUUAUGCCGGACAAGACCAGCUUGUGCAUCCUCCUGCGCACCCCCUCAGGGCAGGGCUGGUUGCGUGUCUGCUGGCACCCGGCAGCUGGCCGACUGACCAUGAUGACCCAGGGGUCGGUCCCGGAGCGGGGCAACGCAUCUGAGCUGUACAGCCUGGGCGAGCAGGUCCGUGAAGCCCUGUGCGGGUUAGUGCUGGUGGAGGUCAGCUUGCCAGCCCCCUGGGAGCGGGUGGCCAACCUGCAGUUCGGGGUGAGGCCCGGGGAGGCGCCCACCCGCCACCUGUACUGCGAGAUCAUGGCCAGGUACAGCAACGUCAUCCUCGCAAGCGCGGAUGGGGAAGUGCUGGCGGCCGCCUACCAGGCGAGAAAGGAGCUGGGGGAGGGUGUCGGCGGUAUGUUGUCCAGCCACCGCCAAGUCCAGGUGGGACGAACAUACUCGCUGCCGCCGCAGCUGUACGGCGUGCCACCUAGCGCCGCUCCCUCCUUCGAUCAAUGGCGCGACACACUCGGCCGGCUGGUGGACGGCUUCAUUCGCGCCUUCCACGGCGUCAGUCCGGCGCUCGUGGAAGAGGUGUGUGGGGCGGCGGGCGUGACGCCCGAGGUCAGGCCCAGCACCUUGACACAGGCGCAGUGGGAGGCGCUGUACGGACAAUGGAUGACGUGGCAGGAGCGGCUCCGUAGCGGGGAGUUUACGGCGACAUCCGACCCCUCAAGCGGCAGAUACUCCGUGUUCGGCUCGCUGCCCCGGCGUCACGCCUCCGUACAUGAAAUGCUGGAAGAGUAUUAUGGCCCGCUGGCGGCGGCGGAGGCCCAUGCGCAGCUGUACGGCAAGCUGGCGGCGGCAGUGGCGGCGGCGCUAAAGAAGGCACGCGGCAAGGUCCGCGCCUUCGAGCAGCAGCUGACCGAGUCGGGUCGCACCGAGGAGGUGCGCCGCCUGGCGGACAUCAUCACCGCCAACCUGUACCGUAUCCCGGCCGGCUCGCCCUCCGCGGUGGUUGAGGACUGGGAGACCGGUGAGCCGCUGACGCUGCAGCUGGACCCAACAAAGCCUCCCGUUGCAACGGCAGAAGCGUUGUACCGCAAAGCACGGAAGCUGCGGCGGGCGAUUGAUGCCGUACAACCGUUGUUGGAGGAGGCGCGGUCCGAGGUCGCCUACCUGGAGGACGUGGAGCCGCCGCCGGAUGCUGCAUUGGCGCAGAAAAUGGAGACACGAACAUCUAAAGCUGCGGCGCGGGCAGCCACGCGGGCUGGCAAAAAGGGCGGGAAAAGAGGCACCGCCGCGGCGUCCUCUGCCGGCGCCGCCGCUGCUGCUGCCGCUGAUGGCGGUUAUGACACCGCCUCCGCCCGGCGGUACACCAGCCCGGGGGGCUUUACAGUGCUGGUGGGACGGAACAACAAGCAGAACGACGUUCUGAGCACCGAGGUGGCGGCUGAUGACGACCUGUGGUUCCACGUUCGCGGCAUGCCCGGCUCCCACACACUGCUGCGGGUACCGCGCGGCUCCCCUCAGCCACCCGCCGAGGUCGAUGUCCAGUUUGCGGCCAACCUGGCCGCGUUCUUCAGUAAGGCACGUGACAGCCUGAAGGCCGAUGUCAUUGUAACCCGCGGCGCCUGGGUGCGGAAACCGCGGGGCGCCAAGCCGGGGGCAGUGGUAGUGAGUAAGGAGCUCCGAAACGUGGUGGGGCGACCGGGGGACAGUGUAGCAGCAGCAGCAGCGGCAGCGGGAGGAGUGGGGGACGCGGUGGCAGGGGGAAGUCCUGUGGAUGGCCGGCGGAGGUGA